CUCCAACAAUUAGUAGUAAAACAGAAGCCAAUCCACCAAUAAAGAGCGCACGGAAGCGAGCUGUGUACCUUUGUAAAUUGAUUCAUUGGACAGAACACACACAGUACACAGUAUACAGUACUUCAUAAAGCAACCAUGUCCUCGGCAAGGCGACCUGGAGCAAGUGCCAGGAAAAAGGGUGCAUCUGCAUUCGCAUCGGGUGGAUCCGCGAGGCCCUCCUCCAGACCGACCUCGUCGUCCUCCUCCUCAUCCAGGCCCCACACCUCGUCCUCCUCAUCCAGGCCCUACACCUCCUCCAGACCGACUAGCUCGUCUACUUCCAGACCGACCAGCUCUUCUUCUUCUAGACCAACCUCCAAGUCGCAACACAAAUCCUCGUCUUCGGGCUCGGGUCCCAGGAGAGGAAGUGGGAGGACCAGCAGAGAAGCCCACGUCCCCGGGGGCGCCAAGCAAGAACCCCAGCGGGGCCUGAUGGAAAUGGUUCACAAACGAUUCACGGAGGAUGUUUUUAAUACCGCUGCAAGUGAGUGAAAGACAAUCAAAACCAACACAAGGGAACGAAUCGUUGCUGUUGUAGAUUAGAUUUGCAGAUGCAGUGUUGGGUUUGGUUUAUGGUGUGUUUUCUGAUGUAUUCUCAUGCGUUUGUUGCAAUGUUCUCGAACAAUUUCUAUUCCAACGCAAAUCUUACUCAUUGUGCGCACAGAAGCUCACCCUGGGUGGAAAGUAUUGAUCGUCGAUGAACCGGGUAUGAAGGUGGUUUCUUCAGCUGUUGGAAUGUACGACAUUAUGGAACAGCAGGUCUCGGUUGUCGAAUCCCUUGAAAAGAAACGGGCGCCUUUCAAACACAUGGGAGCAGUUUAUAUUAUAUCCCCUACCCAGGAUAGCAUCCGGCGUUUGUUGGAGGACUACGAAGACAAAAAGAAAGUCCUUUAUGGGGAUGCCGUCUUUCUUUACUUUUUGGCGCCCGUUCCAAAAAUUUGGAUGGAAGACCUCAAGCAAUGCAAGCAGCUCGUUAAACGUCUAAAGGCUAUGGCCGAAAUUAAUGUAGACUUUUUGGUUCGAGAGCAGCGUGCCUUUGUUUUGGACAUGAAGGAUCCAUUCGUCUCCUUGUUUCAGGGAAACGGAAUGAAAGCAGUGGAAUUGAAAUCUGCCCAAAAACUCGUUACACUUUGUGCCACCCUCAACGAAUACCCUUACAUUCGCUACAAGCAGAAUUCAAAUAUUUGCAGUGGUAUAGCGUCGAUAUUCAAAAUGAAAAUGGACGAAUUUGUUGGCAACAACCCCGGGUGGUGGUAUCACGGGAGCGGAAACUGCCCAUCGAGAAACUCGGAGAGAGACCGAUCCACCUUGCUACUCUUGGAUCGUUCGAACGAUUGUUUGACCCCGUUAAUGCACGAUUUCAACUACCAAGCCAUGGUUAAUGACCUGCUACACGUGGAGGGUGACAAAAUCACCUACAAAGCAGAUUCAAAAGAAAACCCGAAGAAAAAGGAGGAAAAGGACGUCUUGCUCAACGAGAAGGACAAGUUGUGGGUCGAAUUGAGAGGAGAUCACGUGGCGAAGGUCAUCGAAAUCUUGACGAACCGAAUCUCAGAAAUUCAAAAUUCUUCGACUAGCAUGGUAGCUCGUAAGGAUAAAAAGUCAUCGAAUAUGACGCUUGCUCAACUCGCAUCAGCCUUGAAAGACCUCCCUGAAUACCAAGAGGUGACAGCAAAGUUGUACCAGCACAUGCAUCUCGCACACGAAUGCAUGGAUGAGUUUAAGAAAGCUGGUUUGUUGGAACUAAGCGAUUUGGAACAAACGUUAGCCACUGGCAAGGACGAAGACGAUCGCAACACGAAGCUUAGUGAUACGAUCAGCAGGUGCGAGGCUGACCUCAUCAGGAUUCGAGAGCCAACAGACAGGCUUCGUUUGGUUCUGAUUGCUAUAAUCAGCCAGAACGGGUUGACCAGCGGGGACAAGGAGCGCCUGCUCCGCGCGGCCCAGCUUGGCCGACCGGAGCUGCAAACCCUGGAGAGUCUUCGCAAGAUCGGUAUCAAAACGAUGAACAAUAAUCCGGGAUCAUCAUCAAACGAGAAAAAGGGUGGCUUUCUAGGGUAAGUGUUGCGUUGCCACGUGGGUCAAUUUUCACCAUGCUCUUGUACGAAAGAAUUGUGCUUGUGCGUCCGUGUUUGUGUUAAUGUUUGUUCUCACCAGUUACCUAUCUUUCGUGUUUUUUCGUUUCGUCAGAGGUUUACGAAAUAGAUCUUCGUCCAUCGACUCUGAUGCGGACAACGAGUACACAAGCAGUCGUUAUACGCCGCCUCUCAAGAGAAUCUUGAAAGAUUUGGUUACCAACCAGCUUAGUACCCAGGAGUACCCGAGUGUUAUUCCCAUGCCGUUAGCCUCCAAUUCCUCAUCAGGUUUGGCUAGCAGCGCACGGCGUCGUGGAAAGGCCGAGAGCGGUGGCAAGAGAAAAGGUGGGACCGACAAGUGGGGCAAGAAAACAUCGAAAGAUAGCGGCCCUUCCCAUUACGAGGGAGGACGAAACAUUCUGUUCAUGGUCGGUGGUCUCUCGUACGCAGAAUUACGUGUGGCUAGAAAUAUCAUGGAAAAAGAGUCAAGAGAGAUUAUUGCCGGUGCCACAAAGUUUAUUAGUCCGGAUCAAUUCAUCGACGAUCUGAAAACGCUUGUAGAUUAGGUUAUACAAUUAUAUUUAUGAACGAAGUUGUUACGUGAAGACUGGAACACAAGGUUCCUGCAAAAGUUUUCGCUGGAUGAAGGAAUAAACUCUUCCGAAGAAUAAUUCUAUUUUGACGGGAGUGAUCAAAACAAACUAGGAAGCACAUGGCGAGUGGGUCUGUAUGGUUGUAAUAAUAUCUGUCUAAUGAA